GAGGAGCGUACAUAAGAGAGGACCUGUUGUGUUACUGGCUCAGUUCACCUGGUCGCCGCCUCAACAUCCUCCUCAGCUGUACUGCUAGUGUUGUGUUUCUCCUGUGUCUUUCUCAGUCACAAGAUCAGACUGAUACGAUUGUCAGAAUGGCGAGGAUGUCGUCAUCAGUUGUGGUGCUGGUGGCGUUAGUGAGUUUGGCGAGUCCUCAGUGUAUAUCUGACAACGACAAGCUGUCCCUGCCCCUCACCCCUGACCUGGAGCACAUCACCCCCUUCAGCUUGGACCUCCUGAAGAAAUUCAACCCGCCCACUGCCAAGGGAAACUUUUUCUUCUCCCCUUAUAGCAUCUGGAACGCCCUCGUCCUAGCCUAUUUUGGGUCGGCUGGACAAACCCGUCAGCAACUACAGAACGUCCUACGUCUGAGUGGCCCUUCAAACACUUUGGCAACCUACAAGGCUCUUGAACGUUUGUAUGAGGAGAGACAAUUGAACACAAGUGAAUAUGUGAUAGACUUAGCCAACAAAAUCUAUGUAAGCAAGAGGCUCGCUCUCCGGGACUGCAUCCGGGACGUCCUUCCCAAAGAGGUGGAGAAUGUUGACUUCACACAGGCGAUUCAAGCAGCAGCAACAAUCAAUAAAUUCGUGAACGAAAAGACUCGAGGCAAAAUCUCAAAUUUGGUGACACCUGAAGAUGUAAAGAAAGUUCAGAUGGUGUUGGUGAACGCCGCCUACUUCAAGGGUCUCUGGCAGAAGGCCUUCAAGCCCACGAACACCCUCAAAGAGGCGUUCUACCCCACCCCAGACAAAAACAUCCCCGUUGAUAUGAUGCGCCAAACUGAUAAAUUUAAAAUCGGCGACUCGGAAGAGCUGCGGGCGACGGUGUUGGAGAUGCCGUACAAGGGCGAUGCGGCUUCCAUGUUCGUGCUGCUGCCUUUCAAAGCUGCUAAAGGCAGCGUUGAAACACCCCUUGACACUAUGCUGCAACGUCUCAAUGUGGACACUUUCAACGCAGUAGUUAAUAAACUUAGAAUAAAUGAAGUUAUUGUCAGGAUUCCAAAAUUCAAGUUGGAACACAUUAUCACAGAUGAACUUACCGAGGCUCUUGAGCACCUGGGAAUCAAGGACCUGUUCAGUAAUGAUGCUGACCUCUCAAACUACGAUCCUGAAGGAAAACUAAAGGUGUCGAAGGCGAUCCAUAAAGCUAUAGUGGAGGUCAGCGAGGAGGGCACAGAGGCAGCCGCUGCCACGGCAUUUAUAGGAGUAUCAAUCGUGUCCAUCCAGGAACCACCACGCCCUCGUGUCUUCAUUUGUGAUCGCCCCUUUGUCUUCGUCAUUGUUGACAACGUUACUAACAACAUUCUCUUCAUGGGUAUUUUCAGACAGCCAGUCAACGCCACUCGUCGAUGAAUGAAAUGUAUCAAAUGAGAGCAAAUAACACGGAAACGAAUUUAGAAAAAAUAGGAUAAAAAUAUUACAGAUGAACAGCAAUAAUUAUAUUUUAAGGCAUAUUGUUCAUUACUAUAUAGAGAUUAACCGUGAUAGAAAUAUUCCUCUUAGAGUAUAUUCACUGAGAUAUUUACACCUCUCUCACACUGUUUAUACACUCAUCACUUACAGUCGGUAUCCUGACUAUCGUUCAUGUCAAAUGGCUUCAGCAGUAAUAUUUUUUUUUCAAAAUUUAUCAUUCACUAUACCUCAGAACAUUUUACAUUUGAAUGAAACAGUAAAUGACCUCACACACAAACACCACACACCUACAAACACCAAACAUGUACAAAUAUCACACAUAUACAAACCCCACAGCUACAAACAUCACACAUGAACACUCAAAACACAUCUAUAAACACUAAGUGAAACAUGCUUGCCUCUAAUUCCAAAGCAGGGAUUAUUUUAAGCAGGACAUUCCACGGUUUCAGCCCGAAAAUCUUUCUUUUUUUUUUAAAGAAAAGUAAAAUGCACCCAUCUUUACUGAAUAAAGAUAAUUUUGCAACAAGGAUGAGUCCACAAAGCUGUACAAAUACUACGUCCCCUCACUACUGAACAAAAUUCCCAAAAAUACCCCAAACGUAAGUAAAGGCUAACCCUAUAUUACCAACCCAGGUAACAAAUAAGGACUGUUGCACAUCCCUGUAAUUAAAGUCAACACUCAAAGAAAAACCUAAUAAUAAUAAAGUGCAAGGCAAACA